AAUAAAAACUACAUAUAUAUCCAAAUAGAUUAGCAAAGAAAAACUAGCCGUUAUGCCCUUUCUGUACGCAGAAGAGCCUCUUCCCUUUCCUCUCUGCAAUUUCUUGCCUCCCACUGACAAUCUGUCUCCAAAUUCCUCUCUCUCUCUAAACACAAAGAUUCUUUCUUUCUCUAACUAAGCUCGUCACGUGGCCUUCAGCAGAAACCCCCACCUCUCUAUUUCAAUUUUCACACUACAAAACCCAAUUCACUAGGCAGUUUUAGCUCCUGUUUCAUUCUAAGCUACAAACCCUAACACAAAUCUUAAUUUUGUUUCUUUUUUCUUCUUCCUUUUUUCUUGUUAUGGAAAACCCAAAUAGAGAAUUCAGCAGUUUUUACAAAUACCCAUUUCAAAAUCUCGCAAAUUGGUGUUGCAUUUCUAACAAGAAGAAGGAGAAAUGGAAGAUUCUAUCCAAAUUACGAACAACCAUUUUCAUGGUUUUUCAGUUGCUUCUCAUUUGUUUCAUUAGACCUGUCUCAAGUCAAGAUUGGGAUGGUGUCGUUGUUACUCAAGCAGAUUUUCAAGCAUUGCAAGCUUUCAAAGCAGAAUUAGUGGACACAAAAGGAUUUUUGAAAAGUUGGAAUGAUAGUGGCUAUGGAGCUUGUUCUGGUGGUUGGGUUGGAAUUAAGUGUGCUCAAGGUGAAGUUAUUGUAAUACAACUUCCAUGGAAAGGCUUAGGAGGCAAAAUUACUGAUAAAAUUGGUCAACUUCAAGCACUUAGAAAGCUAAGCCUUCAUGAUAAUCUUAUUAGUGGUUCAAUACCUAAAACAUUAGGUAUCAUUCCAAAUCUUAGAGGUCUUCAAUUAUUUAAUAAUAGGUUUUCGGGUUCAAUCCCUCCUUCUUUAGGUUCUUGCCUUUUGCUUCAGAACCUAGACCUUAGUAACAACACUCUUACUGGUACUAUACCAUCAAGUCUUGCUAACUCCACUAAGCUUUUUAGACUAAAUUUAAGCUAUAAUUCUUUAAUGGGUUCAAUCCCAAUUACCCUGACUAACUCUUUUUCUCUCAUCUUUCUUGAUCUUCAACACAAUAAUCUCUUUGGCCCCAUUCCUGAUUCUUGGAGUAAUAAUCUUUCUGUUCUAAACUUGAAGAGAAAUCAACUUAGUGGUCAAAUCCCUAAAACAUUAGGAAACAUUACGUCAAUUACCCAACUUGAUUUGUCAGAAAAUAGGCUUAGUGGAGAAAUCCCAAAUUCUUUAACCAAUCUUCAAAAACUUGAUUCUUUCAAUGUUUCUUAUAACAAUCUUUCUGGUUCUGUUCCUAAUUCUCUUUUACAAAAGUUCAAUUCGAGCUCUUUUGUGGGUAAUAUUGAACUAUGUGGGUUUAGUGGUGCAGCUCCAUGUCCUUCUGAAGGACCAGCACAGGGUAUAUCGGCUCCACCACCAGAAAUGCCAAGAAAACGCCACAGGAAACUUAGUACUAAAGAUAAAAUUAUCAUUGCAGCUGGAUCUCUCUUAAUUGUGUUGAUUAUACUCUGUUGCAUUUUGCUUGUUUGCUUGAUAAGGAAAAAGGCAGCUUCAAAAUCCAAGAAUGGUCAAGCCACAGCCAGGGCUGUUGCUGCAGCUAGAGGUGAAAAAGGCGCUGCACCAUUGGGGGGUGAAGUUGAAGCUGGUGGAGACAAUGGAGGGAAACUAGUACAUUUUGAUGGGCCAGUAGCUUUUACAGCUGAUGAUCUUUUGUGUGCAACUGCAGAGAUUAUGGGAAAGAGUACUUAUGGAACAGUGUAUAAAGCUACAUUAGAAGAUGGGAGUCAAGUUGCUGUGAAAAGAUUAAGAGAAAAGAUAACAAAAGGCCAAAGAGAAUUUGAAAAUGAAGUUAAUGCUCUUGGUAAAAUUAGGCACCCAAAUCUUUUAGCUUUGAGAGCCUAUUAUUUGGGACCUAAAGGAGAAAAGCUUCUUGUAUUUGAUUAUAUGCCUAAAGGGAGUCUUGCAACUUUCCUUCAUGCUAGAGGACCUGAUACACCGGUUGAUUGGCCAACAAGAAUGAGAAUAGCACAAGGCAUGACUCGAGGCUUGUUCUAUCUUCACAAUAAUGAGAAUAUCAUACAUGGGAACCUUACAUCAAGCAAUGUACUGCUUGAUGAGAAUGCAAAUGCGAAAAUCGCGGAUUAUGGGUUAUCUAGGCUAAUGACAGCUGCUGCAAAUACUAAUGUGAUAGCAACAGCAGGUGCAUUAGGCUACCGCGCACCCGAGCUUUCAAAGCUAAAGAAAGCAAACACGAAAACUGAUGUAUACAGUCUUGGAGUGAUCAUAUUAGAACUCCUUACAGGGAAGUCACCAGGGGAAGCAAUGAAUGGUGUGGAUUUGCCUCAAUGGGUUGCUUCUAUUGUUAAAGAGGAAUGGACUAAUGAAGUUUUCGACUUGGAAUUAAUGAAGGAUGCAUCUACUAUUGGUGAUGAAUUGCUUAACACAUUGAAACUUGCUUUGCAUUGUGUUGAUCCUUCACCAUCAGCGCGUCCGGAGGUUCAACAAGUUUUGCAGCAACUAGAAGAGAUUAGACCUGAAACUGCUGCCAGUUCCGGGCCUUCUGGAGAUGAUGGUGCAGCUAUUCCUUCAACUAGUGAUUAAGGCAGCAAUUCUACUAAGAAAGUAGACUAAUAGAGUAACAAUUCUUUCAUUCUUCAGCUUGUUGGGUUUGAGUGUUAAAUGUCAUGUCUGUAAAUACUAGUUUGUUUCAAUCUAUUCAAGAUCAUUCUUUUUUGGUUCUAA